AUGGCUUACAACCACCCGCGGGAUGUCAUUCCAGACAUUGAAAAGGCUUUUAAUGAUGUUCAUUUGCACAACGAUAUUAUCGAUACCUUUUGCUGGGAAAGAGUCUCGGUCAGGGUCAAGGACAAGACACAGGACAAGCGUCUACUGGAAUCAAUUGAUGGAGCUGCUUACGCUGGUGAACUCGUUGCCAUGAUGGGUCCUUCGGGUUCUGGAAAGAGCACAUUGUUGAACGUUCUUGCUCAUCGGCCUUUCGAGCCAAAGUUCUCUGUCGAAGGUCAACUCUGCAUCAAUCGUGCUGCAGCUUCGACAGCUAUCUUUCGACGUGCGAGCUGCUUUGUCGAGCAAGAAGACAGCUUGAUUGGCAGUCUUACAGCACGGGAGACGCUCGAUUUCGCAGCGAAGCUUGGUCUGCCGAAUUCCGUCAGUCGCGCCGAGAGAAAACGUCGGGUUGAGGAGCUGCUGGCCUCCUUCGGCUUACUUCGGGUGGCCGAUACCAUCAUCGGCACGGCGAUUCGAAAAGGCCUGUCUGGAGGAGAAAAACGUCGCGUCAGCGUUGCUAGUCAACUCAUCACUUGUCCAAAGAUUCUGUUCUUGGAUGAGCCAACUAGUGGGCUGGACUCCGUUGCCAGCUUCGAGGUCAUGUCUUUACUGAAAGAAGUAGCCAAGAAAAAUAGAAUCAUUGUUAUCGCAAGCAUCCACCAACCGUCAACAGCCACCUUCAAUCUCUUUGACAAGGUCUUUCUCCUCUCUCAGGGAAAGUUGUGCUAUGGGGGUCCGGUCUCAUUUCUUAGCAAUUACCUGGAAGACAUUAGACUGCCCAUGCCAUUGCACAUGAAUCCAGCUGAAUACAUACUCGAACUCGUCAAUGUCGACUUCGCUUCAGACCAGAUACGAGCAGAGCAGCUAAUUCGCAUCACGCAAUUGUGGCAAAACCCAGCAAAGAGGCCUCGAGAGGCACAAGUUGUUGACGUGUCAUUCGAUUCUUCCGCUCGACCAGUCAGCCUGAUGCCUCUCACCAAAAGAUCUCAGCUCCUGAUUCCCAUCACCCUGCUGCACCGCAACUGGAUCAAGAGCUACCGCGAUGUGCUUACGUACGGGAUUCGUAUUGCCAUGUACCUCGGACUAGCUCUCAUGAUGGGUACGGUCUGGCUGCGUCUGCAAAGUGACCAAGAGUACAUCCAGCCUUUUAUCAACGCUAUCUUCUUUGGUUCCGCCUUUAUGUCGUUCAUGGCUGUGGCAUAUGUUCCGGCCUACCUGGAAGACCGCUCGACCUUUAUCAAGGAGCGAGCCAAUGGCCUUUAUGGUGCCACGUCUUUUCUCGUUGCCAACUUCAUCAUCGGACUCCCCUGGCUCUUCCUCAUCUCGGUACUAUUUUCCAUCAUCGCCUACUGGCUUUGCAAUUUCCGCCCUGAUGCCUCCGCUUUCUUCACAUUCGUGAUGUGGCUCUUCCUCGACCUUGUCGCAGCAGAAUCCCUCGUCGUCUUCAUGGCGUCCAUCUUUCCCGUGUUUGUCAUCGCAUUGGCUCUGACCGCAUUUGCAAAUGGUCUUUGGAUGAGCGUUGGUGGCUUUCUGGUCAAUCCCACCGUCCUGAAUGUCUUUUGGAAGUAUUGGGCGCGCUACAUCGACUUUCAGUCCUAUGUCUUUCAGGGUAUGAUGGUGAAUGAGUUUUCACAACGCGUGUUCGAGUGUUCUCCGGCUCCAUCAGGUUCUCAGGCGGAUUGCUCGUGUAUGUACCGGUCACAUCUGCAGGACCAAUGCCAAAUCGAUGGAGAGGCUAUCUUGGAUUCUUACGGAUAUGGCAGGGGAAAUACUAGGCUCUGGGUGGGCAUCCUGCUGUGCAUUGUGCUUGGGUAUAGACUAUUGACACUGGGGGUUCUUAUGCUGAAAAAAACUUAA